AUGGAUGCGAGUGUUGUGCGCCGGACACGAUCUCGCAGUGGACCUGAGGCAUUUCUCUCCGCCUGCUCCGGAGCAUGUAGGAGGCAGGAGACUGAGGUGCAGCGCCGUUGCAGUGCAGCACGUUUGUUCGCGCGUCGUGCAGCUCGACAGUUCGCGAGGUUCAUUUACACGGUCACCUGGAUCGUGAUGCGUCCGCCCCCAGCCCCGGCCCGGGACAGCGCGCCUGGAGCCACGUCAAUGUGUCCGGCCCGGCCCUGUGACGAACCGCUGGUGCGCAGGAAUGCUGACUCUGUUGCGCUCCUCGCCAUCUUUGAUGGUGAGGCUGCUGAUUCGACGCAUCAUGCGCCCGGCCUGCCGCGCUCAGUCAGACGCGGCAGCGUCGUCCCUGGGCGGUGGCCGUUCCUGAGUCCUGACUGA